GAGCUAGGGAGGGCGGGAGUUUAGGCUGCGCCGACCCCUCAGCCCCCCUCCAGGAGACGUUCGGAACCCAGGACAUGUCGGGAUUGAGGAGAUACGAGGUGGCGCUGGAGGCGGAGGAGGAGAUCUACUGGGGCUGUUUCUACUUUUUCCCCUGGCUGCGAAUGUGGCGCAGGGAGCGGAGCUCUGCGCACCCCCGAGAGCAGAAGCUGGAGCCUCUGCGGGGCCUGAUGAGCUGUCUGUCGAGCGGCCUGGGCCCUGCUCCCCAUCGCUCAGGUCGUGGCCUCCUCUGCCGCACCCCUGCCACCGCUGCCCAGACAGCCGGUGCAUUAAAAAUUUAAAGCGAA